GCAUCACUGUCUGUCUGUAGUAGCUUUAAGGGGGGGAUCUGGACACCCUCUCUGAAUAGAAAGGGACUCUCUGCAGACAGGCCGUGCUUUCUACUCCUCUAAAUGUGCUUCUUAUCCAAUGGAAGCAGAGGUGCUGAACCCCCACAGGAUGGCGGACGUCAACGGCAACAAUAAAAUCGCCAACGCGGAGCUGGAGGUGCUGAAGCUCCAGGAGCUGGUCCGAAAAUUGGAGAAGCAAAACGAACAAUUGCGGAGCAGAGCGAGCGCUGGAAACAAUUGCGCCGUGGGCCCUCAUCUCCAGAGCCCGCUGUCCUGUCUGCAUGGGGCCACGGCGUGUCUGGCUGACGCUUUCUCUUCCAAAUAUGACGUUUCGAGUCACCCGUGUUUCUCCACGCCACGGGGACCGCCGGGAGAGCCGUUCGCUUAUUUUCAGCCGAGCUGCGCGUCUCCUGACGCCCCCGUGGAGGACAGUGGCGCCUCCGCCACGGUGCUGGAUGAGGUGGAUGUUUUGGACCUGAACACCGUGCUCCCUGUUGGAGAGCCCGAUAGCUGGCUGUAUGUGAGUCCCAGAGCCAAGCCACCCAGUGAAAGCAUGCUCAGCCCUCUUCAGUGGUGCAGGCAGGUCCUGGACCACCCUGGGCCUGAGGUGGCGCUGGCUAAGAUGACGCUCUGUCACAGACUGGACCAAGCGAAGCGAUGGAGAGGGGGGUCUUCUGUCCGUCCAUACAGCUGCAUAGAGGGACUGUCCACGCUCAGCUUACCCAUCCUGCCUUACACUAAACCUGCUGCACUAACUGAGACCAGAGCUCCGCUUUCGGUAUCUGCCCAGCCUGUUGUCCAGCCAACUCCCCCUCACAGAACCAGCUCCAGCCUCAAUGACAGAACACCCACUUUCCUUUCCAACUCAGCUCUUCACAGUGUUGGUCGCCGCCAUGCUGCCAUCACGCCCCAGUCUUCGCUGGACAGCGACGUAGGGAUGUCGGAGCUGGAGGAAGACUCCAUCUCUAUGAGCUACAAACUGCAGGACAUGACAGACGUGGAGGUCAUGGCACGACUCCAAGAGGAGAGCCUCCGACAGGACUAUGCCUCUACCUCAGCCACAGCUGGCCGUCGCAGCUCCAGUUUCUCCUUGCACUCCCUCAGGCGCUGUGAGAUGGACCUUGAGGAGGAGGAUGAGGAGGAUGAGGGCUACGACCAGCUGCCGCCUCCCCAGCCUCGACUCUUCCGUACAGGCUCUAUGCAGCGGGGCGGCAUGCCCCACUCCCACACCUUCUCCAGCUUCAGAGAUUGCAGGCGCAGCUCGGCCAGCCCUCAGUUUUCACUCAGCGGACUCUCUCAGCUGUCUGGACCCUCCAGCUUGAUCACAGACACACACUCAGCCUACAGGAGCAGCACAGACAAGCUACAGAGAAGCAUGCCCAACUUGAUCCGAGCUCCCAGCAUGCCCAGUGUUCCCAGUAUGCCAUGCCUGACCUCCCCUGCCAACCCACCCUCCAAUGGCCCCUCCUCUCUGCCAUCAAUGCCCUCCCUCCGGAGCAGCCAGAGCUUUGACUCGUCCAGCGGGCUCCUCCGACUCCAGUCGUCCAUCCCUUCCCCAGGCCAACUCAGUCAGCGAGUCCAGAGCGUUGGAAACUUCUCCAGCACUCCACGACAGCAGCUGAAAGCUACAGCCUACGUCAGUCCAACGGUUCAGCAGGGGCCCACCUCCACCUCCCUGUCCACUUCUGCCAGUUUGAGCUCCAUCCCAAGCAGCACAGCACUUCCCCAGCCCCUAAAAGCCAGCGGGAGUAUGCUGCCACAAGCCCUAAAAGCCAACCAGCCGGCUGCCCUGCGCAGCUCCCUUCCUCGCCCAGCGUCCUUAGUGGGAGCGAGUGGACUUCCACGAGCGAGUAAAAUCAUGCAACCUACACGCAGUUUGCUCGCCGCUCCAAAGAGCCUGGCUGCUCUGAGUGCCCUGAGGGACGGCAGCUGGAAGGACGGCUGCUAUUGACCCCUAACGGACUGAGAUGGAGGGAGGCUGAGGGCUGCACAGGGUUACCUACUGCUUAAAAGUGAUGCUGCCACCAGAUCCCACAGAAAGUGACUGUUAACGUGAACACAAAGAUCUGCAAUGUAACAGGGUUAGGGAUCCAGCAGGCUGGAUCUACACGCCCUGCUUAAACACCAUAAAACGACAGGCAAUACUCUGACAAUAAGAUGCUAAAUGUGAACAGAAAAAAAAAAAUCCUCCUCCAUGCUUUGUUCAUUUCUUUUGAGUUGCAGUUGUUGAUAAUAUAACUUUAAUACAUUAAGCCUAAAGCUUACAGAUUUUUUUUCUGUGCUUAUUUUGGUGAGUAUUAUUAAUUUGUCAUUAUAUGCUAUGAUAUAUAUAAACAGAACCUGAAACUGGAGUGAAAUUACUGCCUGUUUAAUUAAAAGUGGUGUUUUUUUUUUUUUCUUGAUAGUUCUGUUUUACAGCUGGACUUUGCAGCACUUUAUAUGAGAAUCAUGAUUCACCUGUAAAAGUAAAUCACCUAAUUUGUUUUUAAUUUAGAUGUAACAUUCUUUUGUAUUCGUGCUCAGAUUUCAUAUUAAAGCGAGUUUUCUUUCAUUUUCUGUUAUUAAGUCUUUAAAGUUGUUUGGUAAACCUAAACACUGCAGUGAUAUUGCACAUGCUUUUUAUGAAUCACAAACAAACAAGAGGGGCUUAAUUUUUAAAAU